AACUACGUAGUUUCAGGUCGGAGAGUACUAAUUAAACUACGUCGUUUACAGGUGGAAAUUUGAAUUUUGCAACUCCUCACUUCCCCGCCGGUCCGCUCAUCUUCUUUCGUCACUUCUGCAUCUCACCGUACUCUCUCGUUCUCCAAAAAUCUCUCAGCCUACAGUCGUGACUGCAUCUUCGCCGACGGUCCUCCUCCAUGUCCUUUUCUUUGUCGUUGUCGCCCUUUUGACGUCCUACACACCCGUAUACUUUUUUCCUUUCUUCCAAUCUACAAGUUCUAGAUUUGAAUCGUCAUCUCGACCUUGCUCAUCCACGCCGCUCAAUCUGUUCUUCUCAUUGCUGCUUCGUCCUCCACAAUCGUGAGAACAACAGAUAUAAAGCCUAGGUUUAUAUGUUCUUCUUCAAUGUAACAAAGCAAAGGAGAGGACAUGGAAGACGGAUCUGAAGUUGAAAACAUGCCAAGGAAAACGCUUGCUGAUAUUAGUAACUUGUCACAGCAAAACCAAGAUAAGAGACUUGAAUCCAUUUCUUUUAAUCCUAAAGAUUACAUUAACAAGCUCCAUCAGGAAAAUUUAUCACUGGUGAAGCUUCUUGCAGAUAGAAAUAAAAUCAUUCAAUCACAUGUAUUCCAGUUACAGAAACUGAGAACAGAAUGUCAACAACUGCAGCAAAAGAAUCUCCAGCUUGCCCAAUCAAAUAGUCAGAUGCUGGCGGAACUAAAUACAAGUAAAGAUAGGCUUAAGGUGCUUCAACAUGAACUGGGAUGCAAAAAUAUCUUGCUUAAAGUAAGGGAAUUGGAAUCUGAGGACAAAGCAAAUGUAGGGAGAUGCCAAAUUAAUGGAGCUGGGGUUGAAACCAUGAAACAUGACGAAGUUGGGGAAUUCUGCCAACCAGACAAGAGUGACAAUGAACCUUGUAAUAAAAAGAGGAGGCGACAAUCCAAAUCUCUGGACUCUGCUACAGUUAAACCAGUCCAACCUAAAGAGAGGAUUAAUAAGAAGAGGCAAUCUGCUACAUAUAGAGCCAAGGAUCAAGAAACAACUGAUGAUGUGUUAGAGACAUGUAAUGCCCUGGAUGCUCUUGGAGAACCAACUGAAUCUGAGAAAAAGGUCAAUAAUAAGAGGCUUUCUGCAAGAAGGCAAUCCGCUAGGUUUAAAACUGGGAAACAAGAACCAACUGAUGAUAUAUUUGAGACAAAUGAUACUUUGGGCCCUACUACAGUUAAACCAGUCCAAAGUGAAAUGAAGAUUGAUAACAAGAGGCAUGGUUCAAGAAGGCAAUCUGCUAGGUUUAAAUGUCAAGAACAAGUACAUGAAGCAUCUGAAAACUUAUUUCAGAAAGAUGAUGCUAAAUUUUCUAUUUCUCCCCUGCAUGAAUGUGGUCCAACAUCAUCAGUCUCAUCACUGAAAGAUGAAACUGAGGCAGCACUUAGUGCCCCUCGAUCUGAAGCUCAAGCAUUACAAACGUCAUCUGUUCGACCCAAGCGUCAAGCUGUUGAGAAGGUUCAAUCCUACAAAGAAAUUCCAAUUAAUAUCAAGAUGCGCAGAACUAACUGAAUGGAAAUCCUUUCUCAAACUAACAUUUUAUUUUGUGGGGACCAAAUGUUUUCAUCUGAAAAGAUCUCUUAUGGAAGCAUCCUGCUAAUCACUGUAAAAUUUGUGGUUGGUGAUUAAGAAGUACACAAAUAUCAAUCUAGUAUUUACCAUCGAAUUCCCGUAGAGUGUGAAAUAUGUUAUUUUGAAUCAUAUGUUGUUCUUUCUCCCUCUCU